ACUUGCAGCGGACAGCCAACAUCCGUACAGCCACUGCAGCACCGCAUCAGUUUGUCUUUUGUGUUUGGAGUACUUACGAAUAAAACGAAUUACGAAAAAGCAUUUGCCUCGUGCUUGCGGCGUAGACCCAUAACCGCGAUAUAUUGUCUAGGAACGCGCGGUAUCUCCGACAGCGAAACUGUGAUUACUGCAGUCAAUCGCUGCAGCUAAGACAUUCUUCACUCGGCAGCCCGCGAGACGACGUCAUAUCGUUUUAUGUUGUUGCUGUGACAAGGACGAAAAGUGGAUUCGCGCACACGCGCUCGCUACAGAAAACUGCCAUCUCACACACUAAGACGAGGAGGUCUGCUGACGACGACGACGAGGACUCCUGACGACAAAGAUGGCGGCCGAAGAAAACGGUCUGCUGUACAACAAGGCCCGGUCGGCGUCCAUAUGCGCAUUCGGCUUCCCACCAGGUAGCACCGAAUACCUGUUGGCCUGCGCUAAGGCAGCCGCGUCCACACCUCCACCGCAUAGGCACGUAGGAGGCGCGGCCGCCAUAGCGGCCGCCGAGGACAACAAGCGCCGUCGGCCGGCUGUACGGUCGCAGAGUGCCCGCACCAGCGGUGGCCGGUCGAUCCGCAAAAAGGCGCUGGUGGCCGCGGCCGUUGGAGCCCAGCACGGUCAACAUCUCAGUGACAGCAGGUCGAGCGUCCGCAGCGGUUACAGUGACCCGAGGCUGCACGAGUCUUCGAACCAAGGUAACCACGAUGAGAUGUAA